GGUGCUGAAGAUCUGGAGGGCGUGUACGACACUGGGUCGCACGCUGAGAGGGAGGCGGUUGGGUCUCCCUCUUCUUAGGCCCGGGGGUGUGUUUGUGCGAACUUACGAGCAGUUGUUUUCUGGAGAAUGUGCGGGUGGCUUGACUAGAGGGUGGAAAAGAACGGAGGAAGCAAGACCAGAAGCAGCAGCGAUGUUUCAGAGAAAGCGGAGCGUGUCCUUCGGAGGCUACGGAUGGAUUGACAAAACCAUGCUGGCUGGCUUGAAGAUGAAGAAGCAGGAGGUCUUGAACAGCACGGAUGGGCCAGGCCCCGAGAGACCUUUAUCGCCACCGCUUACGGCCCCACCAAACAUGAAGUCUGCAGAGUUCUUUGAAAUGCUGGAAAAAAUGCAAGUGCCUAAAUCAGAGGAACAGAGAAGCGGAAGCCAGAAAAAUAAGGAGGACUACAUUCCUUAUCCCAGCAUUGAUGAGAUUCUGGAAAAAGGCAGCCCCUACCCCUUAAUCAUCUUGCCACAGUUUGGGGGCUACUGGAUUGAAGACCCCGAGAACCUGAGUACGCCCACCUCGUCAGACAGCAGCCUCUGUGAAGAUGAGGAGGAGCCUAUGAGCCCGAAUACUUUCGGCUACAAACUGGAGCGCAAAGGUGAAGCGAGGGCAUACAGGAAACACUUCUUGGGAAAGGACCAUUUGAACUUUUACUGCACAGCCAGCAGCCUGGGGAAUCUGAUCCUGUCCAUUAAAUGUGAAGAGGCCGAUGGAAUUGAAUACCUGAGGAUUAUACUCAG